AUGCGCCGUUCACAUCUUCCACAUCUCUCGCCGGCCUGCCAGCCCCCCAUUCCAAGGCCACUGCUGGCUUGGCUUCUCCUUGUCAUGUCACUGCCCGGUGCCUGCCCCACUCCCUCCUCCCCUCUCAUCUCCCCCUUCCCCUGCCCCCACUUCUGCCGUUUUCCCCAUCUCCCCACAAUGCCACUUCCAUCUCCCCAAUGCCUCUCUUCCAACCCCCCCCCCUCCCCUCUUUCCCCCUCCUCCCACACCACAGUCCUGGGGCUUGUAUGUAUGCCACUGAAACUCCUCUCCGUCCACCAGAAUUCCUUCCUCCCACAUCAUUGUCCCCCUGCUGCUCCACGCCACCUGAUCCACCCCAUACACCGACCCCCACAACCACAUCAUUCAAGCGCUGCUGGCUUCCUUACUCUCCCUCGCCCUCUCAACUCUUUCCCCUGUCCAGCCCCCCUCCUGCUGUCCCUCCUUCCUUCCUGCCCCAGUGCGGCCUACAUCCAAUCCAAGCGCCGCUGGUGGGUGCGUGCCUUUGCCACUCCUCCGCCGCUGCUGCUGGGAUCCGCGGCCUUCCAGGCCUCUUUCACAAGCCGCGCGGGCAGCAGGGAGAAAGGCAGCGCAAUUCUCUCGGGUGGCUCUGCUGCCCCAGCUGGCUCUGCUGCCCCAGGUGGCUCUGCUGGGGGAUCCAGCGGGAGGAGGGCGGAGGAGGGCGAGGGGCGAGGGGCUGGACCAGGGCGCUGCCUUCACCCCGGGCCACGGAGGGACAUAGCACGCGUCUCCCUCCAAUCAGCCGAGGACAGCUGGUGCGAGAGCACUGGUGCAGGCCUGUCAGGAGUAGCAGGCGAUUAUGGUGGCAGCGGAGCACAGGGGGAGACAGCAGCAGCAUGA